ACAACCGUGCUUACCGUUUCUCUGCCUCUCUCUCUCUCUCUCUCUAAGACUCUAGAGAGAGAAAGUUUCGACUUUAAUUCCACCCAUGUUCCCAAACUUUGUUAACUUCCGAUCGUAACUGGAGGGCUUUCAAUGUUGUGCGACCAAGAUUGAUCGCAACCAAGUCUUGUUUUCGACGGUUUGAUUUUACUGGGGGACUUUUUGUGAUAUUUUUGUAUCUGGGUAUCUUUAAAUUUUCAAGGUUUAGCGCUCUUUGUUGUGGUGGUUUAAAAACUAGGGUUUUGAAUUCUGAUUAUGGAGCCACGGGUUGGAAAAAAGUUUCGGUUGGGGAGAAAGAUCGGUAGCGGUUCUUUUGGGGAGAUCUAUCUGGGUACUAAUAUUCAGACUAAUGAAGAAGUUGCAAUUAAGCUUGAAAAUAUCAAGACGAAGCAUCCUCAGCUACAGUAUGAAUCAAAGUUGUAUAAAAUAUUACAAGGAGGAACUGGUAUUCCCAAUGUGAAAUGGUUCGGUGUUGAAGGAGACUAUAACGUCCUCGUGAUGGAUUUAUUGGGGCCAAGCCUUGAAGAUUUAUUUAACUUCUGCAGUAGGAAGCUGUCUCUCAAAACUGUUCUUAUGCUUGCAGAUCAAAUGAUUAAUCGAGUUGAAUUUGUUCAUUCCAAAUCAUUUCUGCAUCGAGAUAUUAAGCCUGAUAAUUUCCUUAUGGGUUUGGGGAGACGUGCUAAUCAGGUUUAUAUCAUUGACUUUGGUCUGGCUAAGAGGUAUAGAGACACUGCAACACAUCAGCAUAUCCCUUACAGAGAAAAUAAGAAUUUGACUGGAACUGCAAGAUAUGCAAGCAUGAACACUCACCUUGGCAUCGAGCAAAGUCGCAGGGAUGACUUAGAAUCACUUGGAUAUGUUCUAAUUUAUUUUUUAAGAGGAAGUCUUCCAUGGCAAGGAUUGAAAGCUGGCACUAAGAAGCAGAAGUAUGAGAAGAUCAGUGAGAAGAAAGUGUCAACUUCUAUUGAGGCCUUAUGCCGGGGUUAUCCUACAGAAUUCGCUUCCUACUUCCACUACUGCCGGUCACUUCGAUUUGAUGAUAAACCAGAUUAUCCUUAUUUGAAGAGAAUCUUUCGUGACCUUUUCAUCCGUGAAGGUUUCCAGUUUGACUAUGUAUUUGAUUGGACGAUUUUGAAGUAUCAACAAUCACAGAGUGCCAAUCCUCCUGCUCGUGCUCUCGGACCUGGUGCUGGACCGAGUUCUGGCAUGCCUCUUGGUGCUGACAACAUUGCUAGGCAAGCAGCUGGGGAAGAAAGUAGACAUACUGGUUGGUCUGCAUCAGAUCCCACUUGCAGGAGGAACUCUGGACUGCUUGUGAGUUCUGCAAACUUAACAAAACAAAAAAGUCCAGCUUUAAAUGAUCCUUCUCAUUCUAGAGAAGCUAUGGCUUCCAGUUAUAGUUUCUUGAGGUCAGGUGGUUCAUCAAGGAGGGCUGCAAUCUAUAGUCGUGAUGCAGCUGCAUUUGGAAGUGAAGCUGACCAUCGUAUCACAGAUGCCAACCAUGGAACGUUUCAAAAGAUUUCUGGUGGGCAAAGAAGCUCACCUGCUGUAUCAUCAGAAAACCGCCGCACAAGUUCUGGCAAAAACACUUCAAACAUUCGGAACUUUGAUUCCACUCUAAGAGGCAUUGAAAGCCUGAGUUUCGGUAAUGAUGAGAGGGUACACUAUUAGUGGACGAACUACCAGAAUCUAUACCUUGUAAAUGUUAAAACGGUAUACUUUGUCACAAAAUAUGGAGUGGCAUGUGUUAUUUGUGGAAAUUGUUUAAGUUUAAAGUUGAAAUGUGAGGAUGAGAAUCGGCACUGUAAGUACUAAAUAAAGAAGAGAUAAUCCAAGUGGAAUCCUUGUGAAAAACAAACUGGGUGAAAUGGUUUUCUGAAUACCCAGUUUAAAGGCUUCCGUCAGAUUACAGUUUUACUUGUGUGACAAGUUCUCACUGCCUUAUUGUCUGUUAAAUUUCAUUAUACGUAUAUGUCAAAUCACAGACAAUACUUGUGGGGAAAUUAAGUAUAAGCAAUGUAAAUGUUAGCAUCUUUCUGUGCA